CCCGGGACCAUCGGUGAUCGUGACGACCACCUGCACUGCAAGAUGCAGUAUAGACGGAUAUUUCCAAUUCCAUGAACUGCGAUCGAUAAAUUUUUCCAAGUGAACAAUGUCCUCCUCACCACUCAUCCCUCCCGAACAAUGGCGACAUCUCUUCCGUGCCUUGCUGCGCGAAUGCACAUAUCUCCCUGAUCCGAUCGCCAGAGGUUACAUGCAUGACUAUGUAGUCCGGAGAUUUCGACGCUAUUCCGACAAAUCGCAAUCUAAGCUACAAGAUGAUUUACGUCGGCAGCACCUCCUCCGCAAAACCGCAACCCAGAAACUGUCGUUAUUGAAGCGUGCCAACGAAGGCUAUUCUCGACCGCUCGAAAAAGUACUCCGGCUCUCAUAUGGACGAAAUGGAAAGAAAAGAAGGGAUUUGCUAGGUGUCUUCAUUGUCCCGGAAGUUCCUCCCGAUGCCUUGGCCGUGGAAGGCAUUCUGAAGGGGCCUUCAAUGUUCGAAGAUGAUUGGAAACCUCCGACGAUUGUGCUCGAUCUCUUGAAGUCUCAAUUGCGGAAUGGAGUCAUUUCACAGCUCAGCGAUCGUUCUGUUGUUAAGACUCUGGAGCCGCCUAUACCCAAGGAAAACAGCUGGGGCAAGCCGGUUGCCAAAAGUCGUCGGCGGAAUAUCAGGAAAAGAUGGUACUACGCCGUGCUCGACAGCCUUCUGCCGCCGCUCCCUGAUGCAGAGCUCGAUACAUUGCAUGGUCUGAUCUCUGGGAGAAUACCAUGGACACCACCGAAGAGAAGGAAAGCCGUUGGCGUUCCCCUGGACUCUCGCAGCAAGACCAGUCUUGAUGUAGUAUUUCUCACUGAAGGACCAAAAAAGGGGCCGACAUUUAGGGACUUCGUCAACGGGCGCCCUCAUCAAAUCACACGACGAUUCAUGCAACGACUUUGGGGGCGCAUCUACUGCAUGGUGCCGCGCUUGGAAUGGGAUGAGAAGAACCAAAAACAUUAUUUCAAGUGGGAAUCGAUGAAGCCCUUUCCCCGCAUAUCUACCGUCGUUCAACACGAUCAAGUGCCAGACCUCUUCCAGAAGGUUGAUGUCAACGGGAGAUUGAUACAACGUCCCUCCAGGGGCCGGGUACAGGUGGCUACGGAAGAGUAACCGCGUGCUACUCUCCGCCUUGCCCACAGCGGGCUUGCGGGUUCGCACAAGUGUAAGACCUCUCUCGCAGGCGGGUCCAGCCAGUCAGGCCAUACAUUAGCGUGUCCCUUCGUGUGACUAGUACGGCAUUCGCAAGAUCCUCGGUGACCGGCCCCCGGGUCCUCAUUAGGUGCCUUCCCGGAAUUUCCUCGAAGAAGAUAUCGUCCUGAGACUGAAAAAACUGUGUACAGUUGUUACACCUACAUGUUGUCUCUGACAAUAAUGCUCUGCCUCCGAUGGUUUCGGGUUAAAACAGAGCAAACUUAUACUGGACAUGACGUCAUAUAAAGAAACAUAGGUAGAUGAGCGAGCAUUUCGAGAGAAAACAGCGAUGAGCGGGAUCAAAAUAUCUUCUAAUAAAUGAAUAAUGAAUU